AUGCAACAAAACACGACAAAACCCGGUGGUUCACCCACAUUGCAUCCCAGUGCAACACCCGUGGCGGGAAUCGCAACGGGCCAAACAGUCCUGAAAAACACGCCCAAAAUCCCGAUCCCAUCGUCGUCGUCGUCGUCGUCCGUACCACGGUCAACCACUCAGGCUUCAGACCACCACCAAAGCCAUUCCCCAGAGCUGGUCGAAUCCACGCUUUUCCUGCUGCAGGAAACGCUGUGGAACACACUGUUGCAAAUGCGCAAUCGCGAAAGCGUCUACGACUGCUAUUCCGCAGCCAAAUCGCGCCAUCAGACGCAGUACACCUGCUUGCUGCACAUCGACAGCAUCUUCAAGAUCCUAAUGGCAUACCCAGCGGAAGUACUGUCAGCAAUGUACAUCCCGGUGAUCUUGCGAUACUUCAAGUGGUGUUUUUCGGUAGAACAGGACCCCCGAGGCACGCGCAGCAACCGCUUCAUUGUCACUACCAAGAGAGGCAUCGCAUUUCUUACCGCAAACUGGAACGAGUACGGCUACAACACUGCUACGUUGUAUCAGGCUUUCAAGGCGCUCAAACUGCUACAAGAUAUCGAAGUGUCACUUUUCCCCCACAAGCCCGCCAUUUACACAAACCACUCCGAUGACGAAGCCAAAAAUCCAAAUUGGACACCACUGGACGACACCCAACUCGAGAGUUUGGUCGUCUCUUCCAAUAAAAAUCCCAGCACCGUUGCAGCGCUCCCAUUAAUGGCGCCCGAAUAUCUGAACCAACCAAACACGGGCGUCCCAGAAUAUUUGCCCUUGGACUUGUCAAAUCAAUCUCCAUCCGUUCCAGUCGCACCCUUACAGCCCACGUCACAUCAAUUUUAUGGCGUACACCAAUCACCUUUCCCCUCCAGCUUGUCGGAAUUUCAAGAACCUUUUGUAGUACCGCCCCAGCCAUCAAACCUAGAGGCAGAUCAGCAGCAACGUCUAGACCAACUAUUCUCCCACACACUUCCCGACAUCUCACAAAAACUUCAUGCAUUGGGUGCCGCAAACGACGAUUUACGUCGACAAAACAACAUUUUAUCUGAAAGCUUGAGAAACCUCAGAUACCAAUUCAUGCUUCUCAAAAACAGCACAGAGAGUGCUUUGCCCAAGACUCCAUCUCCGCCAUCGCCCAAGAUGGAACUGUCACAAUUCCAAGAAAGUGUGGCCGGCAACAUUGCAUUAGGUGGGUCAGAACCUAUGGAGUCGACAGACCUCAGCGGCGUGGGCCAUGCUACAAAAUUAGAAUUGGAUGUUCCUUCUCGCACUACCGCUCCGUAUGACGCUGGGCUACCUUACGACUCAACAACGACAGCAUUUCGAUUUGACCCUGGGCUCAAAGUGAAUGAGCCUAUUGCUGCCGAUGAAAGUGUCACGGUUUUCGGCGCUGAGGGAAAAUCUCAGACAUCUCCACUACAGCAUUCGGCUCCAUUGAUGAUGGCCCAUCUCUCAGCUGGUUCUAAUGCUAGCAGCAGCGGCAAACUCGCGAUAAAGAAACCACGCAACAAAUUCAGAGAAUUUAUGGGAGCUACGCUGACUAAGGGAGAAACAUAUCAGCCGCCCGUCACACCGGAAGGCAAGCAUUACUAUCUGGACGAAGACGGAAAGCUAGCCAUCGUCAUGGCCAACGACCAAGACUCGAUUUACGGUAUGUACAACGAGUACUACCAGUCACUGCGACCGCAGAUCGAUGCGUUCGUGAAUGAUUUUGGUAAACGAAAUCUAGUGCAUUUUAGAAAGAAGCGCACUUUUCAAAAGAAGAAGGCGUUUGUGCAAUGGGUGGAGCGCAUAUCUUACGCCAAAGGCUUGAGUCCAGAAACCGUUCUUGGUAUGAUUGACGAAGUUCGCCAUCUUGAGAAACGAUCUGUCGUUUGGUCGUGCAACAAUUUGAGCAGCAUGAAGGAAGCAUUCGUGAAGCAUAAACCCGAUUUCCGAGAUAUCGCAAUGUCGGAUACAGAUUAG